AGAAAAUUUUUCCGGAAGGUUUCUUCCAGCCGGUGAACGACUUUAAAUCAGUGUCCGUUCCGUUCCUACUUUCGUGACCAUAGUUUACUGAUUCAGAAGAUAGCUUCAGCCCCUUACCAGUUAUGGUUGUAAAAAUUGGAUUCAGGAUGUUUCCGUCUAAUCGUUAAAUGGCCGAUAUGAAGUAGAACGUCUUGACUUCAUUUUUUUUGUUCUGGUGAAUUCCGAAAAUUUGAGUGUCUACAAUGGAUCCUGCAGUUUCGUCAUUCGAUCCGAACGAUCUUAUCUGCUAUUCGCCGGAAGGUUCCGAGGGUGAAGAUGAACCUCCUCCGGAACAGGUUCAAUUUCAAAGGCCCAAUCCUCCAGGACCACUCAAACCAAAACGACUUAGUCCUUUGCACCCGUUGGUCACUGAAGAUCGUCAACCAAUCGAUUUAGAUUCAAUUGCGGGUGAGGAGAUUCAGCUGACAGUUCCGGGUGUUUCGGCAACUACGGAAACUGUGACCGUUCGUGGGGCACACUUUAAGUGUAAAUUUUGUCCGGCUAUCACCCAAACGGCGGAAGAUUUCAUCAAACAUUUUAUUAUGCACUUUGGGCGGAAUCGUAUAUCCUACAAGCAGAUGACCCAGGAAGAAAUUCGUAAUCUUCCGAACACCAGCGAAAAGUUCGUCUGCGGCAUCUGUGCCAUUUGCUUCGAUACCCGAGAAGCGGUCAAACAACACAUGAUUAAAGAUCACGGGUUCAAGGAGCUCAGAUCGUCCUCCGAAAAUCGUGUUGAACCGUCUGUCCCUGUUCCAUUGGCCAAGACAAAACUGGAUAGUGAAUCUGUAGAUUCAACGAAACUUCUGGCUAGUUCCUCUGGGGCGAUGAAAGAUUCAGAACCUCCAAUCAAGAAAGGAAUCGCCACAGUGACUGCAAUAGGAGUCGCCAAACCCAGACCAGUACCCAUUCUUUCAACUCCCAGCCAAAUUUCGGUCUCUUCCGUUGUAGUCUGUGAUAAAGAAAUUCUAACGAAAUCCUCCACAAUCCAGCCCCAACCAAAGCCAAACGUUGAACCGCCCAGUCUCGUUCCGAUUCUUCCACCUCCGGUGGUGGCGAUAAACGACCAAGAAGAUCCGGAGCUGAAUGAGUUCCUUCAACCGAUGACACUGAGAGCCUUGAAACUGAAACUAUUGGCCGGGCUUAAACUAAAGUGUCCCCAGAAAGGUUGCGUGUACAAGUUUGAGACCCGGGCCAAACGGGACGCCCACCUAAAGUGUCACAACAUCGAACCACCGCAGCUCGGUCCGGGUGGACCCGUUCCUUCGGUAUCUGUUGUCGGUACCGGAGCCAAAGAUGCUACCAAGGAGGAAAAGAAAGAUAACUUCAAAUGCUACCAGUGUGGGAUGGAUUUUCCCCGAUGGCGCGAAUGUUCCCAGCACAUCUGGAAGCAACACAAGCUGGACGUCGGCAUGCUCAAGUGUCCCGUUUGUGAUGUGCGGUUCGAGUUUGCUGUGAAAGUCUAUCGGCAUCUCCAAACGCAUCGUCCGGUAAAAACCUUCACCUGUCCAUCAUGUGGCAAGUCCUUCGCUACCCAAUCACAACUCUCGGUGCACGAGGCGCUGCACAAAAAACAACAGCUAAAAGGGCUGAAAACGAAACCGGCAACCACAACUGUUCCCGGAACUGGGCCCAGUGAAGCCGAUGAGAAAGGUGGGCCCAAACACGGGGACCAUGAUGAUGGCAACGCUGGGGCUGACGAUGAGGCCAGUAAUACCGGCCCCGGUGAGGGUGGCAAACCGGGUGAAAAACUACCCUGGUACGCCGAGCGUAAAUGUGACAUCUGCGGCCACAUGUUCAGCAACUCGAAAAUUCUGUCGAAGCACAUCAAAACUGUGCAUCAUAAGAUUAAACCAUUUAUCUGCAGUGUUUGCGGAUACAAAUCGGCUCGGAAGGUUACAUUAACGAUCCAUAUGCGUCAACAUUCGGGCCAGAAACCGCUGGAAUGCAAAGAAUGUCCGUUCCGGACAGCAGAUCCCAGUGCGUUGAAAUAUCACGAAAAACGACACACUAAAGAUAAAUACUACGAGUGCAAGCAUUGUGGGUUGCUGACGAUACAGGCCAGUGCCCUCAAGACUCACAUCCGGUUGAACCACCCGGAAGAGUUCAAAUCGCUAAAGUGUGAAAUGUGCAACUUCACCUCGGUCAAUCCGGAGAUUCUGGCUCGACAUAAGAGCGACCACAAGGCCGGACUCAUCAAGAGCGAAGAUUCGCACGAUUCCGUCUCGUCCAAGCGGUCCAAAAAUGCACCGGAAAGUUCGUCGGAUUGUUUCCUACCGAUCGAGAGCACGGACUCGGUGGUUCACGAUGCCGGUGGUUUCACGAUUCCGGCCGUUAUCAACGCACCGGUGGCACACUCGGAGGAAACGCAGUUUCCAACUUGAUAAGAGGGUACCAGAUAACCAUGUGUGUUUGUUUAAAAAAAGGAAUGCUUCAAAAGCAGUAUCAUUAGUUCUGUUUAUAGUUUAUUUAUCCAGUUUUAUCUCCAGUCGGAACCGCCUAGCUGUAUUUGUAUUUUACAAAAAUAUUUAUCCCGCUAAAUACAACAUUUGCAUACGCUUGCUUAUAU